AUGGCCGUUGCAAUUGGAGCCAUGGAACCAUUUUCGGUUGGAACGACGGAUUGGUCUACGUACUAUGACCGCGUCGAGCAGUACUUCGCUGCCAACAAUGUGGCCGAAGACAGGCAAGUAGCCACCUUCCUGACCCUGAUUGGUGGCUUGACCUACAAACUGUUGGCUGACCUGGUCAGCCCGGACAAACCGAAGGACAAGACGCUGAAGGAGCUGUCCGACGCGCUGGCUGCGCAUUGUGCUCCGAAGCCCUUGGUGAUCGCGGAACGAUACCGUUUCCACAAGCGGGAUCAACGCCAAGGAGAGUCAGUAAAUGCCUACCUCGCGGAGCUCCGACGGUUGGCACGAUUCUGUGAGUUUGGCGAUGUCCUGGAUACCACGCUGCGGGAUCGUUUCGUGUGUGGUAUCAGGAGUCAAGCUCUCUGCAAAGUUCUGUUGGCAGAGAAGGACCUCACUCUGAAGACCGCCAUCGAGAAAGCCAACAGCCUGGAGGUAGCCACUCGCGAUGCAUCCGAGCUCGCGGGCAGUGCCACUGCUGCUGGUGUACACGUUCUGGGCACAUCGCAACAUCGUCGUGCUGGCAGACCAUCGUUCGGAGGUGCGAAGUCCGCGAACUCAGGUCAAUCCCGUACGAGCUAUUCAGCAUGCUUCCGCUGUGGCUCGACGGCACACGGCGCAAGUGAAUGUCCCUUCAAGGCAUAUGAAUGCCGCCACUGCAGGAAGACUGGGCACCUCCGCAAGGUUUGCAAGAAGCGCCUCGCGGAAAGAUCGACAGAUUCAGCGAAACGCUCAAGUGGUAGCAGCGCCUGCCACAGCUUGGCUGUCGAUGUCGCGGACGACGACGAGUUCAAUUCACUUUCUCUUCUAGCCGCAGACGUCCUUCAAGCGCCAGCAGUCGCCACGGAUGAAACGACACCCGCGACCGUGAGGAAGGCACUUUGGAUUGAUGCUAUCGUCAAUGGCCAGUCGGUCCGCAUGCAGGUCGACACUGGAGCUGCGGUGUCAAUCAUUCCGAGUGCGAUUUAUCGAAAGUCGCUGUCUGCCUCGCCUCUCACCGCGAGCAAGCUGAAGUUGCGUACGUACACCGGCGAGCCCGUGCAUCCUCGCGGAACGUUCGUAGCACGCGUGGAAUACUACCAUCAAUCCGCGGAGCUACCACUGCAUGUGGUGGACACGCAGGGGCCAGCGCUCUGUGGCCGGGACCUGCUUGCCCACAUCGCUCUCGACUGGCAGCGCUUGUUCCAGGUCGAGAUGGCGGACGUCCCCUCCGCAACCGUGUCCCCUGGCCAGCAGCAUCCAGGAUCAGCAGGUACGCGUCUUGAGCAGCUCAAGGAGAAAUUCUCCGAUGUGUUCAGCGACGACUUUGGCAAGCUCAAGGACGCCAAGGCUCGUCUCCAGCUGAAGGACGAUGCAAGCCCUCGCUUCCUCAAGGCGCGCCCAUUGCCCUACGCCAUGCGGCCAAAGGUGGAAGCUGAACUGGACAGGCUGGAAGGUCUGGGUAUCGUGAGUAAGGUACAGUGGAGUGAGUGGGCGACACCUAUUGUGCCUGUGAUGAAGCCCAACGGCUCAGUUCGUCUCUGUGGAGAUUUCAAAGCCACAUUGAAUCCACACCUGAAGGUGGACCAGCACCCGCUACCACGCGUGGAAGAUGUCUUCGCCACCCUGGCUGGAGGCCAGCGAUUCACCAAAAUCGACCUAAAGCAGGCAUACCUCCAAAUGGAGAUGGAUGACGCAUCCAAACCACUCCUCACACUCACGACGCACAAGGGCCUGUAUCAGCUCAACCGACUCGGGUUCGGUGUUGCCUCUGCCCCAGCGCUCUGGCAACAGGCUAUCGACCGCAUCUUGAACGGCGUCCCAAGCCAGGCCUGCCUACUGGACGACAUUAUUGUCACCGGCCGCAACGACGAUGACCACCUGGACAAUGUGGAAAGCAUCCUGAGUCGUCUGUCGGACCACGGCCUGAGAGUCAACCCGGCCAAGUGCACGUUCUUUGCAGACCAAGUCGAGUACUGUGGACACAUUGUCAGUCGCCACGGCUUGCGCAAGACUGAUGGCAAGGUCAAGGCUAUCAACGAAGCCCCAGCACCGCAGAACGUGUCCCAGCUACGGAGCUUUCUGGGCAUGGUGUGCUACUACCAGCGCUUCCUCAAAGACUGCUCCACGACCCUGCAUCCACUCAACAACCUGCUCCGGAAGGGUCAGUCUUGGCACUGGACAGCUGAAUGCGCGGCUGCAUUCAAGGCUAUCAAGGCAGCCAUCGCCUCGGAUCAGGUCCUCAUGCACUUUGAUGCCGACCUACCCGUGCAGUUGGCAACCGACGCAUCGCCAUAUGGCCUGGGGGCGGUGCUCUCGCACAUCAUGCCGGAUGGUACGGAAAGGCCGAUUGCCUUCGUGUCACGGUCCCUGACGGACACCGAGAAGCGGUACGCCCAGAUCGAUAAGGAGGCGCUCUCUAUUGUCUGGGGCGUCCGCAAAUUCCACACGUACCUGUUUGGCCGACCGUUUGUCCUGCUGACGGACCAUGAGCCGCUGACAGCCAUCUUCAGUCCUAGCAAGGGAUUGCCAGCCAUGACGACGGCCCGCCUACAGCGGUAUGCUAUCUUCCUAGCAAGCAUGAAUUAUGAGAUCAAGUACCGCAAAUCAGCCGAUCAUGCAAACGCUGACGGCCUGUCACGACUACCGUUGCCACACUCACCACAGGAUGAGAGCCUAGACUGGGCAGACGUGUUCAACAUGGCCCAGAUCGACCCGCUUCCAGUCACGGCAGCUGAAAUUGCGCGUCACACAAACCGUGACCCAGUUCUCGCCAAGGUCCUAACCAGUGUCAGCACCGGACGGGCCCUGUCAACAACCGACGGUGACAUGCAACCGUUUGUACGACGCAAAGAUGAGCUGGGCCUACACCAAGGGUGUGUCAUGUGGGGAAUCCGUGUCGUCAUUCCUUCCCCACUGCGCCGCCGAGUACUGGAGGAGCUGCACAGUGGCCAUCCUGGGCUGGUUCGGAUGAAAGCACUAGCCCGCAGCUUUGUAUGGUGGCCAGGCAUCGACACAGACAUCGAGCAGACCGGCAAGGCCUGCCUUGGCUGUCAGGCACACCAGGCGGCGCCACCGAAGUCACCGCUACAUCCCUGGGAGUGGCCGUCCAAGCCAUGGCAGCGUCUCCACAUUGAUUUUGCCGGGCCGUUCCAAGGGCACAUGUGGCUGAUUGUGGUGGACGCCCACAGUAAGUGGCCAGAAGUGCUCCCAAUGAGCAGCACCACUGCCCCGGCUACCAUACGCCGUCUCCGAGAAGUGUUUGCUCAACAUGGCCUGCCGGACCAGAUCGUGAGUGACAACGGGCCGCAGUUUACUGCCGAUGAGUUCCGCCGUUUCACAGAAACCAACGGCAUAACGCACACGUUCUCAGCACCGUACCACCCAGCGACCAACGGGUUGGCUGAACGAUGUGCGUACAAUGAAGCAGGCGCUCAGGUCCCAUUCUGCCACAGCACCGCUUGA